AAUAAAUAGAAGCUUGAUACGACUCUUUCUUGUUGGAUUGAUGUCAUAAUUAUAAUCCUUAAUAUUGUUUGGUUUCAAGAAAUUAUCCGUUUCUUUUUUGUUAUUCUUCUACUUUCACAUAAAUAAGCUGUUGAAUUGUUGAGAGUUAUGGAAGAAAAUCUUCCUCCGGGAUUCAGAUUUCACCCGACAGAUGAAGAGCUUAUUACGUAUUAUCUAACAACAAAGGUUUCUAAUAUCAGUUUUACUUCGAAGGCUAUUGUAGAUGUUGAUCUUAACAAGUCUGAACCUUGGGAUCUCCCUGGAAAAGCUUCAAUGGGAGAGAAAGAAUGGUAUUUCUUUAGCUUGAGAGACAGAAAAUAUCCGACGGGACUUCGAACGAAUAGAGCCACAGAAGCUGGCUACUGGAAAACCACGGGGAAGGACAAGGAAAUAUUUCGAGGAGGAGUGCUCGUCGGAAUGAAGAAAACCCUAGUUUUUUACAAGGGUAGAGCUCCCAAGGGUGAAAAAAGUAAUUGGGUUAUGCAUGAAUAUAGACUAGAAAAUAAGCAUCUUUUCAAGCCUACUAAGGAGGAAUGGGUAGUAUGCAGAAUAUUUCAAAAGAGCUCACCAGCAGCCAAAAAACCACAGCAAACAUCAUCUUCACAGCAAUCAUUAGGAUCUCCAUGUGAUACCAAUUCAAUUGCAAAUAAUGAGUUUGGAGAUAUUAAUAUUGAGUUACCAAACCUAAAUAGCAUUGUGAAUUCAUCAUACAAUAAUGGCUUCAAUACCAUCUCAGCCCAAUCAUACAACAAUAAUAUAAAUAUGAACACAAAUUUGAAUAUGAAUUCCUUGAUUCUCAAGGCACUACAGCUGAGAAGCUAUCAACAAAGGGCAGCUAAUGAAUACUCAUUUCUUGCACAAGGGGUUAUCCCUAAUUAUCAGUUAAUUGGAAGUAAUAUUACUGAUUUAACUUCUAAUUUUCAAGCUUCUUCUUCUUCUUCGAAGGUUUUAGAUUCGGUGCCUGAGCAGCAACAGCAGGAGCAACCAUUCAAUUUGGACUCCAUUUGGUAAAGUUGAAUAGUUGAAAUAACUACAAUCUUUUAGUGUGUUCAUCAAAUCCAUGCAAAGAGGGUUUUGUAUAUGCAAAAUGUGAAAUAUUGUUCAAUAAGAUGUUUAGUUAAUUAAGUAAAAUGGAGACAUUUGGAGAAGUUAUUAAAAAUGUCUCAAUAGGUCAUGGAUCUUUAUGUUCAAAUUUUAAGUUGGGUAUUAACUGUAUUUUCAUUCAUGUCCAUGUGACCAAGUACGGCAAAAUCAAAGUCUAUGUAAUUAUGCUGGAGAUUCUAAAUUGAAUCUAGGUUUCUUUAGUUUAUGAUAAUUAUAAUAAUAAAAAGAUUAAUGGUUGAUAA